AGGCAACUAGCUCCUUCCAACCAGAGCGUGAUCCAUUUCUUUGACGUGGAGCUGAACUCAGUGGCAGAAGAUUCUUAGACGCCACCAUGCUGGUCUCUGGCUGCCUGCUGGUUCGCCUGGCCAUCCUUCUCAGCGUCCUCCUGGUGCAGUCCUGCCAAGGGCAGUCUUGGGAAGCUUUUCAAAACAAGCACAUUGAUUAUCCCCAAACCCCAGCCUCCAACCCCAAUGCCUACUGCAACCUCAUGAUGGUGAAGAGGAAUCUGAAUCCUAGUAGAUGCAAACCGAGGAAUACUUUUAUCAACCAUUCCAAGGAGUCUGUCCUAGAGGUCUGCGGCAAAGGUGGGAAGCAUUGGCAAGAUAAAUUCUAUGACAGCAACGAGAACUUCCCCAUGAUUGACUGCAGCUACACUGAUGGCAAACCUCCAAAGGACUGCAAAUACAAAGGCACAGGUUCCUCCAGACGCAUUCGUGUCACCUGUGAAAACAAGAAGCCUGUUCACCUGGAGAAGGUGCUGUGAUAGGCAGAAAACCACGCAAGCCAAGCUCUGCCCAUUGAAGCCAGAAUGCUUCUUGGGCCAUUUCUCCCUGCAAUGCAUCCACAUCAUUGGCUUUCCCCGGUUUAACAGUCAUUUGCCCUUUCCAGGGGACCCUGGGAGCUGUGGCUCUAAGGGCAAUGGUGCCCGGCUUCUAACUAAGCAUUCUGUUGCUUUCUCUCAAUGGCUAUUCUCUCAAUAAAGCUCAUGUUUGU